AUGAACCACCUCCUCAUCAACGUGAGGAAGACCAAGGAGAUGAACCACCUCCUCAUCAACGUGAGGAAGACCAAGGAGAUGAACCACCUCCUCAUCAACGUGAGGAAGACCAAGGAGAUGAACCACCUCCUCAUCAACGUGAGGAAGACCAAGGAGAUGAACCACCUCCUCAUCAACGCGAGGAAGACCAAGGAGAUGAACCACCUCCUCAUCAACGCGAGGAAGACCAAGGAGAUGAACCACCUCCUCAUCAACGUGAGGAAGACCAAGGAGAUGAACCACCUCCUCAUCAACGUGAGGAAGACCAAGGAGAUGAACCACCUCCUCAUCAACGUGAGGAAGACCAAGGAGAUGAACCACCUCCUCAUCAACGUGAGGAAGACCAAGGAGAUGAACCACCUCCUCAUCAACGUGGGGAAGACCAAGGAGAUGAACCACCUCCUCAUCAACCCGGGGAAGACCAAGGAGAUGAACCACCUCCUCAUCAACGUGAGGAAGACCAAGGAGAUGAACCACCUCCUCAUCAACGUGAGGAAGACCAAGGAGAUCACGCGGGUGACGGGUCACUCGUUUUACCUGAACUGA